AUGGAUAUCGUUAAAGAACUGCUAACGCAUCGUAGAGCGACUGCAGACGACUGCGAUGCAAUGGUUACACUAAUAAAUGAUGCUUAUUCUGGUCAAAUGUCACAUCAAGGCUGGACGAAUGAGUAUGCAUUGAAUCCUGCGCCACGCACGAACUCCGAUUUGUUAUUGAACUUGAUAAACAAUGUGAAUAACAUCUUUCUGGUGUUUUUCGGUGCAGAUGAUCAAAUUCUCAAAGGAUGCGUUUUACUAUCGCAUAAGUCGGAAUGUAAAACUGCUCGAAUAGGUAUGCUUUCUGUACGUCCAGAUCUACAGGCGAGAGGCUUUGGAAGUUCAAUAUUAUCCACUGCUGAAAAGUAUGCGAUAAACAAUUGGAAUGUUGAAUACAUAGAACUAACGGCGAUUGUUCAAAGACCUGAAUUGAUAUCGUACUAUUCUCGUAGAGGUUUUAUCGACACGGGUGCGCGUCAACGCUUCGUUCCGACACUACCGUAUUCAGGAGAAGAGAAUGCUGCUAUCUAUUCAUUUAUUGCUGAAGCCGACAAGCGUGAGAUCCGUGCGCCAUUAAAAGAAAAAAUCCAAGCACAGCAAGAAUACUCUCAAGUUUUACAACAAGGUAAUGGAGCUUAUCUCAUGGAACAAAAUGAGAAAUCAACAUACAUAUUCAUUAGCAAUGUCGGUGCUCUUCUUCCUGAAGAAGAAUGUCAAAUCGACAAGAUGAAUGAGCAGAUAACAGGUGUUUUGUCAGCAUCACAUCCUAUCCAGAUUCAGUGGUAUAGGAAGUGCUACGAAAUCACAUGUGCUCAAAAUAAUAUUUAUCUAGAUCGCGAUACCAUUGUCGAUAUGAACUUUCUACCUAUCAAUUGUCAAUUUAAUAUUACUCGUUUUGGAUCAAAUUAUCAGACUCGAUUGAAUACGGCCACUGCCGUUUAUAACGAAGCAAAUGUUCGAUCUGCUGAAGAAUUGAUUUCGAACAUGAAUGUUAAUUUUGGAAAAUUGAGUGUUGAUGUUCAUGUUUCUGAACGAUUCGAUCAUUUAGUGACCAUUGAAAUUUGGAAUCACGACGAAGCCAUUCAGUUUGGAUCUGCAAAGAUCGACCAUAGUCCCGAGAUAACUAAUGCCGACGAUCAACUGAUUACUCAUUCAGCAGUCAAAGCACUAUAA